AUGGCGGACAGCGAUUCAGACACGGCGAGUUCUGUGGGCAGCAUCGUGGAGGAUGCAAGCGAGCCAGAUACAACUAGCUUCAAAUGCCUGUUUUGCGAUCAGCAAUUGAGCAGCAUCUCGGAUCUGACUGCGCACUGCAAGUCAGAGCAUUCAUUCGAUUUGCAUGAGACGAUCAAGGGCUUAGGAUCUGAUGCAGAUGAACUCACAAUCAUCAAGCUGGUCAACUACCUGCGUGCAGAAGCAAAGAAGGGCACAGACAGUAAAUUACUUAGCAUCUCAUUUCAAGAUCUCUCCGACGACAAGUUUCUGCAACCCGUACUGGAAGAUGACGCCUUAUUGUUCGAACUUGGGGAGCUCAUGCCAGAUAGCGAUACGAAAGCGGUUGACUACGAUGAAUUCGAAGCGGCACUGCACAAAGACAUGCCAGAGGACCUGUCGCACAUCAAACUCACCAGCGAUCGUGACCAGGACUAUUUUGAAUCGUACAAAGGCAACAGUAUCCACCGAGAGAUGAUUGAAGAUCGUGUACGAACUGAAGGCUACCGCGACUUCAUCGAGAAGAACCUCGAAGUCUUCAAAGACAAAGUUGUCCUCGAUGUUGGAUGCGGAACCGGAAUUCUCUCUCUCUUUAGUGCACGUGCAGGCGCGAAGAAGGUCUUUGCAGUCGAUAAUUCGGGCAUCGUCACACGCGCAAAAGAGAUCAUUGCCAAAAACGGGUACGCUGAUCGCAUUGAAGUCAUCCAAGGACGCGUAGAGGACUUCAACACGCAGCGCCUAAUUGGUAAAGAGAAGGUCGAUAUCAUCAUCUCGGAAUGGAUGGGGUAUGGUCUGCUCUUCGAAGGCAUGCUCGACUCGGUACUUCGCGCACGAGACAUGUAUCUCAAGCCAGACGGCAUCCUGGUCCCAAGUCAUUGCAAUAUCCGCCUCGCACCCAUCUCAGAUGCAGAUUGGAUAGCGGAUAGCACGAGCGAGAAGUUCUGGAAAGACGUCUACGGCUUUGACUUCUCACCCAUGAUUCCCGGUGGUCUGCUCAACAGGCACGAGAUUGGUGUCUUUGAUGUACCAGAGAAGGCGCUUUGUGGGACUGCGACCUCGCAUUUACUAGAAAUGAAGACUGUCUCGGUGCAGGAUCUCAGCUUCAAGAUUCCUUUGAGGAUGACAAUUGAACGCGAUAUAGCAUGUAAAGACGCUUGA